CCCCCGGGAGCAGCGCUCCGCGCGCCCCGCCCGCCGCAGCCCCCCAGGCUGGCGCCGUCCGCGCCUUGGCCCUCCGGCCGGCAGUCUUCACUUCCUUCGCGCCCCACCUUGGAGCUCCGAGCCGCCGUGCGGCCUUGCCCGCGACCUUGCUUGUACCCCGCUGGCAUCCUGAAAGGCAAGGAGCGGCGUCUUGGCGCCUCCGCCUUCGCCUCUGUGGCGCCGCAGCCCCCACAGCCCCGGCACCUCCGAUCCGCGUGCCACGAAUAAGAUGUAUUCCCGAGACGGCAACUUCGGGGCGUUUGUUGACUUCACCCACCCAGGGCUGACAAACGUAUAUACCAUGUCUACCAAAAUGGACUCUUCCAGGGUCUCAGGAAAAGGGCACUGUUGGACGUGGCCCCAUCUGCCCAGGAGCUCUGAAACCACUGCAGCCAACAUGUGCCCAUGCCAGGAGAUAUCUCUGUAUCCUGAAGAUGACACAAUGAAAAGAUGGUGACCUCUCAGUCUUUGAGGAGAUUAAAAGGCCAAGAAUUAAUUCUAGGACUGCUCUAUCUGUAGACUUUCUAUUAUAUGAGAUACUAAGUGUCAUUAUUUAAGCCACUUCUAAUUGCAUAUUGUGUUUCUUACAAGAACAGUUUUUUGCAACUGACAACCUCUCUGGGUGGUACCUAGCCUCCAGAAAGCCUCCUCCAGUGAUCCUUACCUUGUGGUAUUCAUGUCUUUGUAUAAUCCCCUUCUACAUUGAAUCCAGGCUUGCUUUUGUGACUGGGAGAAUAUGGUGGAAAUAUAAAGUGUGACUUCCAAGUCUGCUUUAUAAAGACAUUGCAACUUCUGCCUUGAUCACUCUUGGAUAACUUGCUCUGGAAUCAGCCAGCUACCAUGUCAUGAGGACACCAGUCGGGCUUGUGAAGAAGCCUUCUUGGAGAAGAGUCAACUGGCCAGUACCAACUUGCCAGCAUGCAGCCGCGCGGGCUCGUGCGUCUCCAAGGACAAAAGGAACCCAGCACUACUCUCAGCGUCCGAUUCCUCCCGCUGCCCAACAUGAAGAAAGCUGAAAUGGGAAGGUUCAAUAUUUCCCCAGAUGAGGACAGCAGCAGCUAUAGUUCCAACAGCGACUUCAACUACUCCUACCCCACCAAACAAGCUGCUCUGAAAAGCCAUUAUGCCGAUGUAGAUCCUGAAAACCAGAACUUUUUACUUGAGUCGAAUUUGGGGAAGAAGAAGUAUGAAACUGACUUUCAUCCAGGUACUACUUCCUUUGGAAUGUCAGUAUUUAAUCUGAGCAAUGCGAUUGUGGGCAGUGGAAUCCUUGGGCUUUCUUAUGCCAUGGCUAAUACUGGAAUUGCUCUUUUUAUAAUUCUGUUGACAUUUGUGUCAAUAUUUUCCCUGUAUUCUGUUCAUCUCCUUUUGAAGACUGCCAAUGAAGGAGGGUCUUUAUUAUAUGAACAGCUGGGACAUAAAGCAUUUGGAAUGGUUGGGAAGCUCACAGCAUCUGGAUCCAUUACAAUGCAGAACAUUGGAGCUAUGUCAAGCUACCUCUUCAUAGUGAAAUAUGAGUUACCUUUGGUGAUCCAGGCAUUAAUGAACAUUGAAGAUACAAAUGGAUUGUGGUAUCUGAAUGGUGACUAUUUGGUUCUGCUGGUAUCACUGGUGCUCAUUCUUCCCUUGUCACUGCUGAGGAAUUUAGGAUAUUUGGGAUACACCAGUGGCCUUUCCUUGCUGUGUAUGAUGUUCUUUCUGAUUGUGGUGAUUUGCAAGAAGUUUCAGAUUCCUUGUCCUGCAGAAAUUGCUUUUCUAGUUAAUGAAACAGUAAACGGCAGCUUAACACACCCAGCAACUUUUGUACCUGAUGUGGGUUUUAAUAGGACUGAAAGUGAUUCUUGCCAACCACGUUAUUUUAUCUUCAACUCAAAGACUGUCUAUGCUGUGCCAAUUCUGACCUUUUCAUUUGUCUGUCAUCCUGCUAUUCUUCCUAUUUAUGAAGAGCUUAAAGGCCGCAGCCGUAGAAGAAUGAUGAAUGUGUCCAAGAUUUCCUUUUUUGCUAUGUUUCUCAUGUACCUGUUUGCUGCCCUCUUUGGAUACCUGACGUUUUACGAACACGUUGAGUCAGAACUGCUUCAUACCUACUCUUCUAUCAUGGAAACUGAUAUUCUGCUUCUCAUUGUCCGUUUGGCUGUGUUGGUGGCUGUCACCCUAACAGUACCUGUCGUCAUUUUCCCAAUCCGGAGUUCCGUAACUCAUUUGCUGUGUGCAUCAAAGGAGUUCAGUUGGUGGCGUCAUAGUGUCAUUACAGUGUCUAUCUUGGUGUUUACCAAUUUGCUUGUCAUCUUUGUACCAAAUAUUAGGGAUAUCUUUGGUUUCAUUGGUGCAUCUGCAGCUGCUAUGUUGAUUUUUAUUCUUCCGUCUGCGUUCUAUAUCAAGUUAGUGAAGAAAGAACCUAUGAAGUCUGUACAAAAGAUUGGGGCUCUGUUCUUCCUGCUAAGUGGCAUAGUGGUGAUGACCGGAAGCAUGGCCUUGAUUGUGUUGGAUUGGGUCCACAAUGCCCCGGAAGGUGGCCAUUAACCACCACCUCGAAAACUCCACAAUAGUCCAUUUGAUGCCAGUGUUGAGUCUACAGCUCUCAACUACUAUGAAAUUUCACCUGAUGUUUUCAGUUUCACUUCCUUUUGAAGUGCAGAUUCCUCGCUGGUUCUUCUGAGUGCAGAAUAAGUGAACUCUUGUUUUGUUUUGUUUCGUUCUUAAAGAAACUAUUCUGUAUGGUAGAAAUGGAUAUUAACACCAAACCACGAGUCUCGGGUUAACGGAAGUGACAAUUUUAUUCCAUUCCAGAGAAUGGACGAACUCUUAACUUUAAUCAAGCCACAUGUUUGGCUGUGUCAUUGUUUAACUUGGAUAUUUUAUGAUUUUACUUGAAUGUGCCUAAUGGAACCAUUCGAUGUGAGAAAUAAUUCUUUUUAAUUUACAGCAAAGUAUUGAAAUAACCAUUGAGAAAAACACUUAUUAUUUUUUUGUACCAAAAAUAUUCGAAGACCUCAGAAGCACUCUUUUAUUUUUUAAAAAUUGCUUUUUUUGAACUUUAUCCAAAAGCAGUUGUCAAUGAAUUCCAUGAAAAAAAAAUCAUUGUUAUUUAAAAACAAUUACUACUAGUAUUAUGAAAUGAUUUGCCUUUUUGUAGGCAUACUAAGCCAAAUACUUUUUUUUAUCCAAAAUAAUUUUUAGAGAAAAUGAUAUAAUGAAAAAUUACACUGUAAUUAGGAGCAUUUUCCAUUCAGACUUUACCUUUAAAGGACAACUGGUUGAUUGUGGCUACACCAAAUCAGGUGAACUCUGUUCAUCACUUUUCUUCUCUGUCCCCAAAUAUUUUUGUUCGUUUAGACUCUGAAAUAUUUAUGGCUUCAGUCUAUUAGAAUGGAAGAUAAUGCAGGUAUUUCUGUGGGAAAUAAAAUAACUAAUUUUGAGGUACCAAAUAGUGCAAUUGGGUAAAACAGGGUUUAUUCAGUUGCAUCUGCCUCCAGAGUUGGGUUGACAGCUCUGGAUUUUUUUGGGCCAGCCCUUUUUUGGCAUUGCUUCCAGAAGUGGAAAAUGGGCAUUUGAUGGCUGUAGGCCAAAACUGUUCUAUCCAGAGAGUACAGUACAACUUUUCAUAUGGCUCAUCUGCUAUGGAAGUGUGAAUUACUUGACAAUGUGUGGUUUAGUUGUGUUCAUGUUUUGUCUACAGUAGAGGUCUAAUUAAUCCAUAGGUUACACCUAUAUUUGGUAUAAGUUCUCUUCAUACAGGCCACUGGGUUUCUCAUGCAGUAAGCUUUUUUAAAAAACUCACGUGCACUGCAUUGUCAUCUCAUUCUUGUACAACGUAGAAUUACUUGUUUACAUCCAACAAAUGGUUAGCUAGGGAAAACAGUGCAACCUGAGUGUAACUAUUGGUCCGACUGCAUGAUCACCCUUCCAUUUCAAUACCAGUUAGACGUGAAAAAAUUACUUGGCUUUAAGAGCACAUUUAUUGUACGUCAUGGUGUAUGGUGAAUAUGUUAUUAAAUAAUGUGGUACUUUGCUCAUCAGGCAUAAUGUCUAAAAUCUAAUACACACAAUUCCAUUAGUGGUUGAGGGAAGCAAAUAAUGGAAUCAUCAUUUGGUCACCUGACUGUAAGGUUGUUCUCUUGAACUUAACAUUUUUAGUUUUAGGCAAGGGCCAGAAAUGUGGCAGACAUGAUUUUUGUUACGCAUUCUUGUAUUAUAUGUGACUCAGUUGCAGACAAGAUGUGUCUGUAGUCAGAGACCCUUGUGGAACUGAACUGGAAGACGUCUUGUAGUGCUCCAUUGGGUGAAACCAAUGGUCUAUUUUUGUUUGUUUCUACAAAAAUGAAAGUGGGGACCAUCUCGAAAGGCAGUGAGAAGACGGAUUCUACAGCACUGCUUUCAUUCAAUUGGGCUUUUGGCACUCCAUUCGAAUCCAGAACCUCACCUCUAGCUCAGACCAAGAAUUGGCACUUCUGCUUGAAUUCCUGGAAAGAAUCGCUGGUUUUGUAACUUUAGACUUGCCUGGGAAUACCUCUACAGUUUACAUCCUUUUAUUUGGGAGAAAAUACCGAGGCAACCAGGAAGAAAUGAAAAAAAAAAAAUCGAUGUGGAAGGUUCCUCCAGUCCCCUGGCUGUUUGAGGUUCCAAAUCAACUGCCAAGGGUAAAUUUCAUUGCAUGAUUUUCUUGGAGCUAUCUUUGUCUACCUGGAGGUUCCUAAACAGUGAAUUCCCAGUAAUGAGCAGUCUUCAGUAUUAAAACCACUGUCUUGUCACCUCAUUUUGCAUUACUGUCUUCCGUGGAUGUUUCAGUUAUAACUAAUGUUAUUUAUAGAACAGCAUUAAUCCAUUAAAGCUAACCUAUUUUUCAAUAUUUAUGAUAAUCUUAUGUACAUACAGUGUCUGUCCAUAUGUAUUUGUAAAUAGGUUGUAUAUAAUGUCAGGUUUGGGUCUUGGGUUGAAAUGUAUAUAUCCUUCCUUAUAAGUUGCUUAACUGCAUUUUGAUGAAUUCACAUUAUGUAUCUAUAAGAAUUGUCCCAAAAGUACAGAGAUUUCAAUAAACAAAUUGACCAAUUGUGUAAACACUAAAAAUUUAAAAUACUGUUAAAAUUGUAUUUGCAAUAAGCAGACUACGUGAACAACACAUUUUUUUCAUGAAAACUUGGUGCAGGUUCAGAACUCUUUAAGAUUUUAAAUAAGGUCUAAAUUUUCAAAAUGUAGUAGCUAUUAAAACAUGAUCUAGUGUAAUGAAAUCAAAUAUGCUCUAGUGUGGUGGAAGACCUUUGAGAACCUGAUCGUGGUAAGCUUUCUGUAUAUAAUGUAAAUAUCCUCACUGUACUGUUAUAGAGGCCAACAAUUCCAGUAAGACUUGUUGGCAAAGAGUGCUACACGUUUCAAUGAAACAUUGUAUGUUUGUUUUAACUGAACUAAAAUAAAUACAUGCUUAA